AUUAUUGCGAGUAAAACAAAGUCGCCGAUGUGAAAUAAAAGUGUCACACGUGUUUGAGACAGAUGAUAAAUGACUUUUUGAUUAUUAUUUAUGCAGAUGUGAUCCCGCCUAACACAUCUUAUCUGAAGACUUUUGACUAUUGUUGACAGCGUUUGAAGCUGUUGCGAAAACCAAAUUUUGCAGAACUUACCGAAGAUAACCAUUCGCAUUGAUKUCAUUUUCCCACAACAUAAGACUGCCCUAAAUAUACUAUUAUCAGCAAGCAAUACAACACAUACCAUCAUGAAGCUUCACAGUAUGCUAGCCGAUCCAAACACAGCGGACACUCUCCUUGCGRAGACCAUGCACCACCUAUCGCUUAAGGAACGAAACGGUGUCCAAGAGGAGAUCCAUGGCGUCCGAUGUCUAGCUCCGGAAGAAACCCCAGAACUAUUGAAAGAGUCGYUGGAAAAUYUUGCUCUCGCGCUCGACAACGACGAUCUCUUACCACAGCACAUAAAAGAAUCCUAUCUAAAAAGUCAGACAUUCUCUAGCACCUACGUGAAUGACGACAGUUUUCGUCUGCGCUUUCUGAGGUUCAAUGCAUUCGAUAUCAACAAGGCGGCACUCAAGAUGGUAAGGUUUCUGGAAAUGCUGGAAUUUUUUUUUGGACUAACCGCACUGCGAAGGCCGAUCCGUCUCUCUGAUCUUUGUAACCAAGAGAUGCAAUUCAUGCGAAAGGGARCAUGCCAGUUCAUGCCGUUUCGGGAUCGGAGCGGGAGACGUAUUCUUGCCAUCAUGAAUCCACAUGUACUGAACCAAAAGAUCGAAAGAAAAGAUUUCGAGAACUUAACCAAACGCGAAAAGGUAGGAUUGUGCAAUGAAUUGUCAGAGUAGAAGACCUAAUCGUGUACGUGCUUCGGUUCCAMUACGGCCAAGUCACGAUUAAUCUAAUUCGCCGGUCGAUUCGGUGUUGUUUCUUUUUUUWAAACGUUUUGCAAUAUAUAGAGUGAAAAAGAAUUUUUCUGCACCGGCAAGGUUCUCAUGUACAUGACCUGGACCGCAGGAUACGAAAUCGAAACGCAGCGGCGGGGCUUGGUGUAUUUGGUCUGGUAUGACUCAACGUUUGAUCCAAAAAUAUGUACGGAGAGGUUUUAUUCUGUUCCUUGGGAACGGCGUUUGCAAUUUUCGUCAGUGAGACCGUGUGCCAUUCAUUUAUGCACCCCUGACACACACCAGCAUCGSUUUAUCCGGGCUCUUCUGUUGCUCCGGAUAAACAAGGUCAACCGUUCUCGAAUCAAGAUUCAUCUCGGUGCGUAUUUGUAUUGCAAGGCAAUACUAAAMCAGCAGGGGUGGUUAAGAAAUCGAAUGAAAGAAAUCCUCAUCAACAUUUAUYAAUCCAUUGUUCCCUCUUAUUUUCCAUUUCUAUAUAACUUUGAUUCCAUAGGCGACUCCAUAGAACUUCGUYACUCCCUUCAGACAUACGGCAUCCCAUCMCAAGACAUCCCUGUGUCAUUUUCUGGAACAUUAAAGUCCGUUGGGAUAAAGCAAUGGAUGCGUCUUCGUUUAGCACUUGAAACGCCGGUCGACAAAAACGAAGCAGGUUGUGUUUCUAUGAUCGUCGAAUGUCCAAGCCUGAGUGAUGUCUUGUUCCGACAAGGGAAAUCCAUGUUCAACCAUCCYGGAAACGUUAUGGUUCGAAACUUAAUCCAAAGCAAGCACAAAGAGCAAAUCCUAGCAGAACAAAAKGAGAAAGUCAAGAUAAAACGACGAAAAAUAAUUUCGGAAAUCACAGAAGAAAUAARGCAUACCAGUCGAUUUUUGGUUUGGAGUGAAAACGGCUGGUGGACCCAGCUAACCGAUCAGGAGCAAYUGAUUUGUAAGAUUGAAUACAUGAUCAAGGACUACCGGAAGACUCUGAGAGUGAAUCAAGUCAACGUCAAUAGUAGUACGGUUCUAUUUCGGUCUCAUCAUCCAGAUUCAUWKKGUUCAACUUGCUUUASAAAUUCGAAUCCUGCCGCUUGAAAGAGAUAAUGAUACCAAUCCGACAUUUUACGUGCAUUCCUGYUGUUCGCCGAAUCAAUCACUACGUAGGAAACGUCAAAAAUGCUUGAAUAACGUCUUACGUCUUCUCUGAAUUUUGCUGGUCGUUGUUAUGAAAAGUUAACCUGUGGGCUCUAAGCUAUAGACAGAAAUACAUGGUUUAUAAUUUC